AUGCCCGAGUUUCAGGUUUUCUUUAAUGACUGGACCUCCAAUGAUUUCAAUACACUUUUUGCUACACUUCCACAAAACAAACAGUACUAUGUGUUGACCCCAAAAAAUGUUGAUGAAACACAAUUAUCAGUUUCUCAUAAGAUGCCCGAGUUUCAGGUUUUCUUUAAUGACCGGACCUCCAAUGAUUUCAAUACACUUUUUGCUUCACUUCCACAAAACAAACAGUACUAUGCAGCUGGAGUUCCUGGUUCAUUUUACGUUCGUCACUUCCCUAAGCCCUCACUUCACUUUGCUUAUUCGUCUUGUUCGCUCCACUGGCUUUCUGAGGAUUUGGACUCAUUCUUGAAUGCAAGGGCAGAAGAAUUGGUUUUUGGAGGGCUAAUGGCGUUUCUUGUUGGUUCUGAGACCAAUCAUACUAAGAACAUGUCUAAUAUCUCUUUUCCGUCACUCGAACUUUUGGGGUCUUGUCUCAUGGACUUGGCUAAGGAAGUCAACAUUGAUAUUCCUUUACUUUAG